AUGAGAUCUCAAUUUAAGGACGAACAUCCAUUUGAAAAGAGAAAGGCCGAAGCUACUCGGAUCACUCAAAGAUUCAAUGAUAGACUUCCAGUUAUUUGUGAGAAGGCAGAAAACUCAGAUAUCCAGGAGAUUGAUAAGAGAAAGUAUUUGGUGCCGGGGGAUUUAUCUGUCGGUCAGUUUGUGUAUGUGAUAAGAAAACGAAUCAAGUUGCCUAGCGAGAAGGCUAUUUUUAUCUUUAUAAACGAUAUCUUGCCACCCACAGCUGCAUUAAUGAGUACUAUUUACGAAGAACAUAAGGACGAGGAUGGAUUUUUAUACGUGUUGUAUUCGGGUGAAAACACCUUUGGUGAGACUGAAAUGAAGAGAUUGAACGUGGCAGACCUAGAAUUAGAUUUUGAUUCAGUGAACUGA